AAAUGCCGGCAAACAAAACAACGAAAGCAAACGUACGUACGGGACGUGUUGGAAAAUUUGUCUUACGAGUUAAGCUCUUGUCUUACCGAUUGUCGGUGUAUGCGCGAGAAUAAUAUUAAUAUUGAGAGAAGUAAUUUUAUUUGGAAAUAAGAUUCGCUUGUAUAAAAUAAACCAAAAUCGUCAAAAAUUAGUAACGUCAACGUUUAAAAAUAUUAGGUGAAGGCGGUCUCAUGUAAAAUAGCAAAUAACUAAGAAAAUUGAAACCAAAUGAUAUUCAAAAUAUCUACAAAUAGUGAUCUUGUGCAAUGCUUUAAAAAUAUAAUGUGUGAGAAAGUAUUAUAAGGGUUACAUAAAAAAAAAAAAAAAAAAUAUUGAAUAAAAAAAAGAGUGUAUGCUAAAGAGAAAAUCAGUUAAUAAUAAAUGCAACAACUAAACGACUAAAAGAUUGCCGUAUUUCUUUAUUUAAACGUUCAACAGUGAAGACAAGCAUAGUUUUCAUCCUCUAGUCACAUUGACCUCUAUUUGACAUUUAUUUGUACAGCGUUAUGUGUAUUAAGCAAGCGAAGAAAAUACUUAUAAUAACAAUAAUUUAAAGUGUCUUCUUAGAAAUUGUAAGACAUUUUUUAUGCUUUCAUACAAGCAUCAACUAUUCUAAUACAAAAUACAAAAUAAUACAAAAUUUACACCAGCCGUAUAGUUCAAAUCAAAAAAGAUGUUACGACGCUUUUCGCGAGUAGAACCAGGCGGAGAUUUAACGGAUUAUUUUGAUCGUGGAGGCUUAGCAUCGCGAGAAAAUCGUUGGUCUUUUGAAAUAGCGUGGGAAGUGGCAAAUAAAGUUGGUGGCAUUUACACGGUAAUACGGUCUAAAGCUUACGUUUCUACUGAAGAAAUGGGUGAGCAGCUUUGUUUAAUGGGCGUGUACAAGGAGCAUUGUGCUCGCACGGAAAUGGAAGAGAUUGAAUUUCCACGCGGUAAUCCACUGUUAGAUGCCGUAAAUAAUUUACGUUCACGUGGCUAUAAAAUCCAUACUGGACGUUGGCUAGUUGAUGGUAAUCCGCAAUUAAUAUUAUUUGAUAUUGCUUCGGGAGCCUGGAAAAUGGAUCAAUUUAAAUCAGAAUUAUGGGAUAAAUGUCAUAUAGGUGUGCCACACUUAGAUGUAGAAACUAACGAUGCCAUAAUUCUAGGCUAUUUGAUAGCAGAAUUUUUGGAAGAGUUUCGUAACCGUGCUAUUGAGUAUUCAAAAAUCCAUGACUUGCAAAAUCCACGCAUCGUUGCUCACUUCCAUGAAUGGCAGGCCGGUGUAGGAUUAAUUGCUUUGCGCACUCGCCAUAUUGAGGUCGCUACAGUGUUUACAACACAUGCCACGUUAUUAGGUCGUUACCUAUGUGCCGGUAACACUGAUUUCUACAACAAUCUUGACAAAUUUGUGGUGGACGAGGAGGCUGGAAAACGUCAAAUAUAUCAUCGUUACUGUUUGGAACGAGCCGCCACUCAUUUGUGCCAUGUAUUCACAACUGUAUCGGAAAUUACCGGCUAUGAGGCAGAACACUUAUUAAAACGUAAGCCGGAUAUUAUUACACCCAACGGUUUAAAUGUGAAGAAAUUUUCGGCUAUACACGAAUUCCAGAAUUUGCAUGCUUUGGCUAAGGAAAAAAUUAAUGAAUUUGUUCGAGGUCAUUUCUAUGGCCAUAUGGAUUUCGAUUUGGAUAAAACCUUGUACUUUUUCAUCGCCGGUCGUUACGAGUUUGGCAACAAAGGUGCCGACAUAUUUAUAGAGUCAUUGGCUCGCCUCAAUGCGUUGCUUAAAUAUGAAAAACCUGAUGCCACAGUUGUAGCUUUUCUGAUUUUCCCCACGAAAACGAAUAACUUCAAUGUGGAAUCCCUGCGUGGCCAUGCAGUGGUUAAGCAGUUACGGGAUACCAUUAAUAAUGUUCAGCAAGAUAUCGGCAAACGUAUGUUUGAUUCUUGUCUAAAAGGACAUUUGCCUACAGCUAAUGAAUUGCUAACCAAAGAGGACAUGGUUAAAAUCAAACGUUGCAUGUAUGCUAUGCAACGUGAUACGAUGCCGCCUGUUACUACACACAAUAUUGUUGAUGAUUGGAAUGAUCCCGUUCUAAAUGCCAUAAGACGCUGCCAAAUGUUUAAUACAAUACAUGAUCGUGUAAAAAUGGUUUUUCAUCCAGAAUUUCUUUCCUCUACUAACCCGUUGUUCGGCAUUGACUAUGAAGAAUUUGUGCGCGGUUGUCAUUUGGGUGUGUUUCCUUCAUACUACGAACCGUGGGGUUAUACGCCGGCUGAAUGCACAGUGAUGGGUAUACCAAGCAUUACAACAAAUCUUUCCGGUUUUGGUUGUUUUAUGCAAGAGCAUAUUAGCGACCCGAAAUCCUACGGCAUUUAUAUAGUUGAUCGACGUUAUAUUGGUUUAGAGACUAGUGUCCAGCAAUUAUCGAAUUUCAUGUUAGAAUUUUCACGUUUGAAUCGCCGUCAACGUAUCAUUCAGCGGAAUCGUACCGAACGUUUGAGUGAUCUGCUAGACUGGCGUACUCUUGGUAUUUACUAUAGGCAGGCUCGAGUUAAAGCUUUACAAAUUGUUUAUCGGGACUACUUAGAUGAGAGUUGUCUGUAUGGUUCGCGCAAUAAUUUAAAUUUCUCCCGCCCUUUUAGCGAACCACCCAGCCCUUCGUCGUCACGGCACACUACACCUGUACCAUCGGUUCACGGUUCAGAUGACGAAGACUCAGUAGACGAAGAAACUGAACUCAAAGAAUUAGGCAUCAAAUGAUUUCUAUUAGGCAAC